UAACUGUAGCUGUGAGCUCGAAAUUUUCUUGAAACGUGGUUUUCAAACCAACUAAUUUUUUUCUACUUAAUUAAUAUUUUACAUCCUUAUUUCUGGUCUCUAGAUUUGUUAACAAUGCCACUUUCGUGUCGAUUUUAUUCACAAAAAUAUCCAGAGGUGGAAGAUGUGGUCAUGGUGAAAGUGAGAUCAAUAGCUGAAAUGGGUGCUUAUGUUUCUCUUCUAGAAUAUAACAACAUUGAAGGCAUGAUUUUGUUGUCUGAACUUUCAAGAAGACGUAUUCGUUCCAUUAAUAAGCUCAUAAGGGUAGGCAGAGAUGAAUGUGUUGUUGUAAUUCGAGUAGAUAAGGAGAAAGGUUAUAUUGAUUUAUCAAAACGAAGAGUUUCGCCAGAAGACAUCGAAAAGUGUGAAGAAAAAUUUGCAAAAGCAAGAGCAGUCAAUAGUAUUCUAAGGCAUGUAGCCGAGAUCCUAAAAUAUGAAUCAGAUGAAGAAUUAGAGGAACUAUAUAAGAAAACCGCUUGGUACUUCGAUGAAAAGUGUAAAAAGCAAGCUAGUUCUUAUGAUAUGUUUAAACAUGCUGUAAAUGAUCCAUCAAUAUUAGAUGAGUGUGGCUUAGAUAAUCAAACCAAAGAAACAUUAUUGUCUAAUAUUCGAAGGCGUCUGACUCCUCAAGCUGUAAGGAUACGAGCAGAUAUUGAAGUUGCUUGUUAUGGUUAUGAAGGAAUUGAUGCGGUCAAAAAUGCAUUAAGAGCCGGAAUAAAUUGUUCGACCGAAGAAAUGCCUAUUAAGAUUAACUUAAUUGCACCACCCCUGUAUGUUUGCACAACAACUACAAUGGAAAAAGCUGAUGGUUUAAAAGCUUUACAAGAUGCAAUCAAUAAAAUUGAAACAACCAUAAAGUCAUCUGAUGGAGUGUUCAAUAUUGUUAUUGCUCCUAAAGUUGUAACUGAUUUAGAUGAAGCAGAACUUGCGCGACAAUUUGACAAACUAGAAAUGGAAAAUGCUGAAGUUUCUGGUGACAGUGAUGUUGAUGCUGAAGAUUCAGAUGAAGAGAAAAAAGAUGAUGCUGAAUAAUUUUGAACAAUAGCU